AUUUAGUACCAAUCCUAAAAGUAAGAAGAAGCAAAACCGGUACUUUCUAUCUAUAUCUUAUCAUGAACUUCGAAUUUAUCUUUCUUUACCUAUUCAGAUUAGUUCGCUAUUUCUUGCUGCCCCCAUCCCAAAAAAGAAAAAAAGGUACGUACCGUUUUGUGUCAUUAAUCGUCACUUGGAAUAAGAAAAUAUUUUGUAAAAGAAAUGAAGUAGAAAAUGAUCCACCUAUAAAAAGAUUUGAUAUAGAAGAGUAUAACAACGAAAAUAUAAAACAAAGUAGAGAGGAACUAGUAGCAAUAUCUCUCUUCUAUCUUUUCAUUUCCUACUCUUUUCUCACUAUGGCCAAAGACGGUGGCGUUUCUUGUCUACGAAGGUCGGAGAUGAUCGGUAUAGGAAUCGGAGAACUUGAAUCUCCGCCGCUAGAUUCUGAUCAAGUCCACGUUCUCGCCGUUGAUGACAGCCUAGUUGAUCGAAUAGUCAUCGAAAGAUUGCUUCGAAUCACAUCCUGCAAAGUCACGGCGGUUGAUAGCGGAUGGCGUGCUCUCGAAUUCUUAGGAUUAGACGACGACAAAGCCGCCGUCGAAUUCGAUAGAUUGAAGGUGGAUUUGAUCAUCACUGAUUACUGUAUGCCUGGAAUGACUGGAUACGAGCUUCUGAAAAAGAUUAAGGAAUCGACAAGUUUUAAGGAAGUUCCUGUUGUAAUUAUGUCGUCGGAGAAUGUAAUGACUCGUAUCGACAGAUGUCUUGAAGAAGGUGCGGAGGAUUUUUUACUAAAACCGGUGAAACUCGCCGACGUGAAACGUCUGAGGAGUUACUUGACGAGAGACGUUAAAGUCGCCGCCGAAGGAAACAAACGGAAGCUGACCACUCCACCGCCGCCGCCUCCGCUCUCAGCCACAUCCUCGAUGGAAUCUUCGGACUCUACGGUGGAAUCGCCUCUGUCUAUGGUUGACGAUGAAGAUUCGUUGACAAUGUCGCCGGAGUCUGCAACUUCGCUUGUGGAUUCGCCGAUGAGGAGUCCCGGAUUAGCUUAGAGAGAUCCGUGUGAUAACGAUCUCCGUUAACUUUUUACUUUUGACGGUUUUAUUGACUGCAACGUUGACUUGAACGCCGUCAGUUUAUACUUAUAGAUCUCUCUCUCUCUUUUUAUAUCGUUGCACGUGGGGUCUCUUUGCUCACGAAGGAACUUUUAUAAAAACAAGUAUUGUAUUUAUUUAAUUACGUAUAUUUGAUAAUUUUAAAAUUAAAUAAUGUUUCUAUUUCUAAUAAUAUCAUAAUAAUCAAAUAAUGUGUGACAGUUUACCUCUGUGU